AUGAAAAUUUUUGGUGUUUGGUAAACUUUGAAAAACAGCUUUGUUUCAAAGUUGAGGGUGAAAAAAAGCCCAAAACCAGGAGAUGACAAGAAGCUGCAAUUUGCAGCUUCCAAAAGCAGCUUAUUUUCACCCACACACGGGUGAACAGUGUACACAUUAAUGAAAUAUGAAUAACCCAAAACUGCCCUCCCUUUCCCUUCACCUACGCUCUCACCUUUCCAGAACUCUCUCGCAUGCUCUUCACUUCAGAGCUCUCUCGCAUAACCCGAACCUCAGGCUCUCUCUCGUUCUCUCGUUCUGUCGUUAGGGAAAGAGGGGUGGGAAGAGCAAAGGGAUGAGGGUAUGGAGCAUGGUGUGUUCGUCGAACCAGAAUCGGAGCAUGGAGGCUCACUCGCUCCUCAAGCGGCAGGGCUUCGACGUCGCGUCGUACGGCACCGGAGCCCACGUCAAGUUCCCUGGUCCCUCCCUCAGAGAACCCAAUGUUUACGACUUUGGCACACCUUACAAGCAGAUGUUCGACGAUCUCCGGCGAAAAGACCCCGAACUGUACAAGCGUAAUGGCAUCUUGCCUAUGCUUAAAAGAAACUUGGGAGUCAAAUUGGCACCUCAGCGAUGGCAGGACAAUGCUGCCGACGGUUCCUUUGAUGUGGUGUUAACAUUCGAAGAAAAGGUUUUUGACAUGGUUAUUGAAGAUCUCAACAACCGGGACCAUGCUCUUAGGAAAUGUGUGCUGAUAAUCAACUUGGAGGUGAAAGAUAACCACGAGGAGGCGGCUGUAGGAGCUCGUCUUGCUUUAGAUCUUUGCCAAGAGAUUGAAGCAGCCGAUUCGUGGGAGGAAUCAAUUGAUGAUAUUGUAUCUGGUUUUUAGAAACAGCAGCGACGGAAGUUAAUGUAUAGCAUCUCAUUUUAUUGAAACUGUAAUAAUAGUCUGUUAGGGAGAUUUCGAAAAACCAAGACCCGGUGUUGCUGAUAACUUAUGUGCACCGACUGUUCUCCCCAAAUGUAAUUCUUGCUUAAGCACCAGUUUCGAUAAUAUCUUGAUUAGAGCGA